GUCAAAAGUUGAAACUUCGUAAAACUUCGAUUCAAGAUUGGUCCGUGAUAAUUUAUUUAUAAACAAAAAAAUUGUAAUAUAAUAAAUCCAUAGAAUUGACUUUGACUAUAAUUCAACAAAACAUCAAGUACAAAUGUCCGGUCAAACUGAUUACGGUCCUGAUUCAGGAGGAAGAGUAAAGGGUUUAGUUAUAGUCAAGCCGAUCGUAUAUGGUAAUAUAGCAAGAUAUUUUGGUAAAAAGCGGGAAGAGGACGGUCACACACAUCAAUGGACUGUGUACGUUAAACCAUACGCUAACGAAGAUAUGUCAAUAUAUAUAAAGAAAAUACAUUUUAAACUACAUGAAAGUUAUGCGAAUCCAAACAGAAUAGUAACGAAACCGCCGUACGAGCUAACGGAAACCGGUUGGGGUGAAUUCGAGAUUGUUAUUAAAUUAUAUUUUCAUGAUCCCAAUGAAAGACCUGUCACACUUUACCACAUUCUGAAGUUAUUCCAAUCCCCCAUCAAUGAGAGUGCACCACCAACAGUGGGCCGUGCAUUGGUCAGCGAGUCCUAUGAGGAGAUAGUGUUCCAGGAGCCAACACUGCUCAUGCAACACAUGCUUUACAACAUCAAACCCAUCACAAAUGGACCCUGGGCUCAUGACACUAACUUUGAAGAAAAGAAAGAGAAAACAUUAGAGAGGAUAAUUUCCGCCCAAGCGAAAGUUAGAAAUGAGAUUUCAGAACUAAAGGAGAAGCUGCACUUAGCAAAGGAAACUAUUACUAAAUUUAAAGAGGAAAUUGCAAAGGUCCAGAACAAUCCACCAUUAAAUAUUUUAACUGCUGUAUAAUAAAUGUAAAUAAAACUGUUACUUGUAAAUAAAGUUUUUGAAUUA